AACCUUUAUUCUUUUACUAUCGUGACUUGCAUCCCAUCUGUUGCUAAACUAUUCAAUGCCGAGGACAAUACAGUUGAAUAAAUUGGUUAUGUGUACAUUAUAUAGUAGUACAUGUAGAGUCAGAGACGGAACGUUCCUUAAAUACUUUUAUUUACUUAUCUGCUACUAACGUAAGCACUAUAGAACGUGAGCUUUUGGAAAAAAUGGUGAAUCCAUCUAUCAGUCGAAUUUUCGCCGGCCGGGUAUCCAAUCUCCUCAAAAAUGCAAAUUACUCCUUGCAGACUCCAAAAUUUUACUCGGCCAUACCAACGUACGAGUACCUGAAAGUUGAGAAGGCGGGUUUGAAGCAGAAUGUGGGCUUAAUAACGCUGAACAGACCGAAGGUCCUGAAUGCUCUAUGUGCUCAGCUGAUGCACGAGGUGAAUAUAGCAAUAGAGCAGUUCGAUGCAGAUGUGGGCGUGGGUGCAGUCAUCAUCACCGGCAAUGAGAAGGCCUUCGCCGCCGGGGCCGAUAUCAAGGAGAUGAGCGGUAACACGUACUCGCAAAAUGUUACUAACCAGUUCCUCAAUCACUGGAAUGGUUUGGCCAAAGCUCGGAAGCCCACGAUCGCUGCUGUGAACGGUUACGCGCUUGGUGGUGGUUGCGAGUUGGCAAUGAUGUGCGACAUAAUCUACGCGGGCGAUAAGGCCAAGUUCGGCCAACCAGAAAUAACGAUUGGUACGAUACCUGGAGCCGGUGGUACUCAGAGGCUUACUCGGGCUGUUGGCAAGAGUAAGGCCAUGGAGAUCGUCCUUACGGGUCAGCAGUUCUCAGCUCAGGAAGCUGAGCGCAGCGGUCUCGUCAGCAAGAUCUUCCCGCCCGAGCAACUCAUUUCAGAAGCUAUCAAGCUAGCUGAGAAGAUCGCUUCUCACUCCCACAUUGCUCUCGCCCUGGCCAAGGACUCCGUUAAUAAAGCGUACGAAACGACUUUGCAACAAGGUUUGGAUUAUGAAAAAAGAUUAUUUUGGUGUACAUUUGCAACUGUAAGUGACAUAAUUUAUUUUUCAAACCACUUUUUACCGCUUUUAAUGCUAUCGAUUUUAAUUAUUUUGUAUCUUCUGAUUAAUUUUAGAGUGAUCAAAAAGAAGGAAUGAAGGCUUUCACCGAGAAACGACAACCGCAAUUUACAAACGAAUAAAAAGCUAAUAAAAAUAUAUUUUGUUAAUACGUUUUAAAAGAUUUAUAUAGAUAUU